AUCAUCGUUUUGGCGAACGAUGGGACAAUAAAAUUUAAAAAAAUAAAACAUUGCUCUAUGUUUUUUCAAGUUUAUUCAUCAAUAACAUAAAUUUAUUUUCAUUUUUUUAGUUUCUUUGUAUUUUUCUUGUGAUUUGUUAUUUCUUUGUGAUACAUAUUUGUGCCGUAAUGUCGGUUGAGUGGAAAAAAUAUGUUGAAGAUCCACGACAAGUGUGCAAAUAUGGCGGGAAAUGUUAUCAAAAAAAUCCAGCCCAUCAUGAAAAUUUUAAACAUCCUCCAAAUCUUUCUAAAGGAAAAUUGCCACGGUUUCAUCCCUAUAAGAAAAAAGGGCAAAUAGCGAAUGAUUCCUCACAACGUAAAGAUAAAGAGAGUGUGGUAGUUCCAGAACAGCAUAAACCAAAAGUGAACGAAGACAGCUUGAACUCGAACUCUCAAACAGGAACUGAAAAUCAUUCCCAUGAUCAUGUUUCUGUUUUGCCAGAAAGUAUAACAUUCUUAGAUAAAAGUAUGGAUAAUAACAUGUUGAAAGAACUAUUCUUAGUUGAAAUGCCUCAAAAUUUCUUCAAAUUCUAUGAAACUCUUGGUGAUACUGUGUCUGCUAUUGAAAAAACACUAGGCAGUGUUAAUUUAGAAAUGAUAGGACCAUACGAUUUGCUUGCAGGCAAGCUACCUAAAUUAGAUGACAAAAAUCUUUACUUGAUUCAUUGGAGGUUCUAUUAUGAUCCUCCUGAAUUCCAGGCUGUGUUGAAGAGAAAAGGAAAUAGUGAAUUCCACAUCGGCUAUUUCCGAGACAGCCCUGAUGAGGAGCCAGUGUUUGUGGCUAGUAAUGACAGUGCCAAGGAUUGUCAUAUUACUCCCAUGUCUGACAAUUUAUUUGGAGCUGUAUUUAAUUACUUACAAAAAGAGAAAAUGUCUUCUCCAUUUGUUUCAAUAGCAUGUGAAAAACUAAUGGAGAAAUUAAAAAAGGCAGCAAAUGACAAUGGAUAUAGUUUAGAAGAAUAUAACAUGAAAAAGAGAUGGGCAAAGGCGGUGACCAAGACUUUUCAUGGUGCUGGCAUUGUGGUGCCUGUUGAGAAGAAGACACAAGUAGGGUAUAGGCACUUGGUUGAAAAAGAUGGCAAAAUCAAGGAGAUGUUCACAAAGUUACAGAACGCAAAAUCGGAAACUGAAAAAGACAGUAUACUAUCAGAACUUCAACCAGUGAUAACCUACGCCAACAUAGCUGUGGACGAGUGCGAUUUUGGAACAGGGCUUGAACUUGGCAUUGACUUAUUCUGCUCUGGACUUAAAGUUCUGGAGAGAAAUACUUUGUGCAGUUUAUCAUCGGCAUAUUCUUUACUAAAUCGAGAUGCAUUUGUUAAAAUUAUUGAGACUCACUUGAAGCACCGUCGAAAUGGACCUAACAUGUCAAUACUGAGUUGGUGAAUUUUAUGUCUUUCAUUUUGUAAGUUAUUCUCUAUUAAGUGUAAUAAAAUUGUUUUUAUCAUUAA